AUGCAUAUUGCAGAACGGCAUCAAAGCACCCGGAGCGUCCUUCAACUCCUCCCCGAGCUCCUCCUUCAGCUCCUAUUCGAGCUCUUCCUCGAGCUCCCCUGUGGAGUGAGUAGUCUGAGCUUCGACACAGCAACAAUGGCUGCGCUGCAUGACGGACCACGAGUCUCUCAGCAGCCAAGGUUGCGAAUGGCCUGUGAUGCCUGCCAUGAAACCAAAACGCGCUGCUCUGGGGGCGCCGUCUGUGAGAGCUGCGAGGAUCUCGCCGUGCCAUGUGUAUACAGUGUAGCUAAGCUAAUUGGCCGGCCUCCCGGAUCUCGAAACAAGAAACAUAACAAGCUAGGCCGCAAGCCUCGCCCAGAAACUCGUCCCAUCAUGGAUAUGACGGCUGCGGCUACUGAUGAUCAUAUAACAAGAGAUACGGAAGAUGUCUCUCUGUCGUCGGAAGCGGUCUCUGUAGUUACCUGUCCUGCUCCGCGAUCAGCGUCUUUGUCAAGCUCGCCAUUGCAUGACAACAUCGGGUCAAUAACAUCGAGUUUAUCCUCGAAUCUAUUUGAUAGCGGCUGCGAACCACACAAUUCAAAAAGUGGUAGAUUCAUGGACCUGCUUGGGCGGCUGAAGCCAGCCACUAACAACGACAGCCGUACCCGCCUUGAGAUGAUUCUUCAGGGUGUACGGAAGUUUCACGAGGAGUGGGUAAAUUUCCAGCUUUGCCAUCACUGCCACGAAUAUCCGGAUCCAGACAUACUUUUGUUGAUAAUAACCUGCAUCCGUCUUCCAUUACGCCAGCUGAAAAGGUCAUGGAUCAUGAUGCCAGGCGGAGACCAGCUGUUGGCAGUCGAACAAGCCACGCCAUUGCAUCCUACCUUUCUCGGCACAUACCAAAUGACGGCUGAAGAAGAAGAUGUAGUUACCAACGUCUUACUCAAGCGAGCUUUGGCCGUGCUGCAAGGGAUACUUGUUGAGCUGAAGAAUCUAUUGGACCGACAAGAGAUAAAUGCUUCCCUUUCAGAUUGGUACAAUGGCACGGCAAAGCUUGGCGCCAAUGCUGAUGCAUUCCCUUGUUCCAAUCAUAUAUCACCGUCCAUUUAUGGGGAUCCAUCCCCCCCAACGCCAACUUGGACAGGGAGCUACCGGCUUCAAGACGUGGAUCGAGAUGAAAAUUCAAUCGCAAUGGAGAGUAAUGACUUUACACCGCUUCAACAAAUGGUUACGCUAGCCAUUAGAGAGUGCCAAAAUCUGACAGCGUUUACAAACAACUAA